AUGGAUACAUUUCUGUAUAAUCAAAUGGAUAUGAUUAAAAUUGUGUCCACAAUAUAUUGUCAUUUAUUGUUGUUAUCAAUAUCGUUAUGUUGGCCAUCAAUAAUUGACGCUAAAUAUCUUGAUACUGAACCAGAAGAUCAAUUACAACAACAACAACCACAACAACAACAUCAACAACAUACAUCAGCACAGAAACAGCAUCAAAAAGUGAUAUUUAAACCAUUACAAUUGAAUGAUUAUCAUGCUAAACAAUUGAUGAAACAAUCAAUUGAUGCACAAUAUUCAAACAAUAAUAACAAUCUGGAUCAAUAUGCAAAACCAAGCGAUGAAUAUAUUAAAGUGGCCGAAGAUUAUGAUAAAGAAUCUGUCAAGCACGAAGAUAAACAUUCCUAUUCACAUCAACCAUAUGGUUUUGGUUAUAAUAUUGAAGAUGGCUAUGGUAAUAAACAAUGGCGUCAUGAAAAAAGUUCCAAUCCACAUCAGGUAAUUGGUUCGUAUGGAUAUAAAGAUAAGAAUGGUAUAUUACGUGAAGUUGAAUAUGUGGCCGAUAAAUAUGGAUUCCGUGCUGUGAUUAAAACAACCGAACCUGGAACUGCUAAUAGUGAUCCAGCAUAUGUAAAAAUGAAUUCCAAUCCAAUUUCGGUUGAUUAUUAUCCGACCAAUGGAGCCACCGAAGGAUAUUCAUCAACACCCGUUAAAACAAAAGAAUUACCUGCUUAUCAAGAACAGCAAUUAGUUGCUGCAGGUUAUAAACAACAUCAAUCAUCACCAACAUUAUAUCAUACUGAACCACAACAUGUACAAGAGCCAGCAUUUCUGGUUGCUGCAUAUGGUGGUGGUAGUGGUGGUGGUGGUGAUAAUGGACAAAAAGCAAACAGUCCAUCCGUUUCAUUAGGACCAUAUGUAGGCAAUGAUUAUCUAGUUGGUCCAGAAUCCAAUCAUAUCCAUCAUACAUCAGAUAAACAUUAGAAAAAUAAAAACAUGUUUUUUUUCGCGUGUGUGUUUUACAGUGUAUU